AGGGUUAAAUUUCUCAACUUCUGUGCUUCUUAGCUUGGGUGUGCCUCUUAUUCAGCUGUAAUAAGGGAAACUACAUGAAGUCGGCUUUAACAGGAGAGCUGUCUGUUUUUCUUUUAUUCCUUCGCGAAUUGAAGUGAUCUCAACCUUUCCCAGACAGACACAGCAAAAAAGGCUGAAAAUCAUACCACAGUCAAGGUGUAAGCUGUAUUGAUUUGAAGAGAUUUAAAAAAUGGCAGAGAAUCUGCAGAAACUUGUUGCAUCCAAGAAAGAUGUGGUGGAGAAUGUGAUGGAGGUAUUUGAGCAGGGAGCAGAAGUGUUGGCCAGCAUCGCAGGAGAUUUGUUCCCCAUUUUCUCCAUCGCUGCUCCUAUUGUGAAGCUAGCCCUAGAUAACGUGGAGAGCAAAGAAGCGGAAUACAUGAAGGAGCAGUUUCAGAAGGUCCGUGAGCGUCUAGAGGUUAUAUCAGAGGAGAUCCAGCGCAUAAACGAUGAGGUGAGAAAAAGUGGUAUGGAUGCAACUUACUUCUCAGUAGAGGAGAAUAUAACCAACCAGUUUCGAAAGUACAUGGACAUCCUCAAUGCCAAGCCAAAGUUUCGAGAGGCCAAGAAGAAACAAUUCCUAGACCACUUUAGCAAGACUGGUGGAGACAAAAACUUGUACACACUUUAUGGUGCUGUGACAGGAGAGAGCUUCUCAGGAGACUCUGUGCUGGACAUCACUCUCAACUAUGAACAAAAGAGCCGGAGGCCGGUUGAGGACUUCUGCGCCAGACUGAAGAAGUUGUUCUGUAUUGGUCUCAUUGCUUUCCUGGGACACUCUGCUCUGAAAGGCUGCGAUGAUGAAGAGGAGCUGCUCCAAGAAUGGGUCACGAAGAUGAAGGUGGUCCAGUCAAAAAUGAAUGCAGUCAUUGAAGACUGCAUCAACAGCUUCCCAAGUCAGGCUGAGAUUGAUAUCAAGCGUCUGGUGAGGGACCACAAGGACAAAAGCAACCAGCAGCUGGCCAGUAUUAUCAUCGAGGACUUGAAAGGGAAGUAUGACUGGGUGAGCUGGUCAGUCCGUGUCUUUAACUCGCCCAAGGGCUUGUUCACCAGCAAGAAGGACUUCCAGUGCUCCACAGGCAAGAGCAGGUUUCAGGUGCCUUCAUCAGAUGAGAAUUUGAAUGUCGUGGUAUCCUACAGUGCCUCUCCUGAACCUCUAGACAAAGCUCAGAUACAGCAGCUGGUGCAGGACCAGAAGAAAGUCACAGUUCCAGGGAUUGCAGAGCUUGUCUUUGACAACAUCCCUUUGUGUACAGUCCAUUCUGUCAAGACGUCAUGCAAAGAAAUGGCUUAUGCAUGGAGCUUUAAGGAUGAGCUUCACUUCUUUGAGGAGUUCAAGAACUUUUACUUGUUUGUUCAUUCUUCUUAAGCUAAUGACCACACUUAAUUAGGGUAUAUAUAAAAAUAUGCUGACAAUGCUGACAAAAGCCACUAAUCGUUUUAUUUUAAUGCUGAAGAUUUAUGAAUGCUGUGUGAAUAUCAGUCUUUGACAUUUGCAGAUUUAAAGUGCCUUAUGACCAGUAGUUGUAUCUCUGGGUCAUUUUCUAUGUCUUGGGAGAACAUUUGACUGAUUAGCCUUAUGGCUAAACAGAUGAAAAUAAAUAAAUCAGGAUGAAAUGAAGAUCAACAUAUUCUCCUGGAUGCAAUAAUGCUGCUGAAAAAUGCUCUGUUUUGUUUUCUCAGUCUUAUUUUUUCUUGUAUUUUUAAAUUUUAUAAAGACUUCUUCAUAUCUGUAGUUCUUUGUCUCUGUGUGUAUGUGACGGUAUGUUUACGCUCUUAAGGACACUAUCAGACACUUUUCACCAAAACCUGGACAUGUAGGAACAUGUCAUGAUGGGACAAGCAUUUGUUUCCUUAUGAACCUUUUACAGUCGUUUGAACUAUUACAGUUUUUUCCAUUGCAUACUGAUUAAAAUAUGCUCUCAAUUUUACGGCACUAAAAUAAAAACAGAUUAUUUUAA